AUGGCUUUUAUAAAAAUACAUCUCGUAAUUUUUUAUUUUCUCGGACUUGUACCUUUUUCAUACAAAAAGAAUACAAAUGUCGUAGACAAAAAAAAGUUUGGACCAGACACAAUAACAUUAGUUCCCACCGAAAUUCAUACGUGUUACAGUCUGGUUCUUAUAAUAAUAAUUGUUAUUGGUAAUAGUAUCCAGAUUCCUUUGUUCAUAAAAGAGCGUUAUUCAGGAGAUGGCAAUGAACUGACUGAAACAUUAAGUUUGGCCAUUAGCGUAAGUGGUAACGGAGUGUUGAUAAUCAUGUUAUUGUUAUACAUCGUUCAACGACAAAAAAUAAUAAAAUUGGGAAACCAGCUUUUAGAUUUAGAUGUCGCAAUGAAAAAAUUGCACAACAUCUAUCAAUUAGAGAGUGAUAAAAUGGAAAUAAUAUUAAUUUGCUACAUAAAUACAAUACCGUGUGUUAUUAUUGCACUCUUUACUUUAUUUAUUGAGGCGUCAUUUAUUCGUGCAACUUGUAUGUACACUUUUCAUACCAUUGUAUUCAAUUAUUUUGUCAUACAAUACGCAAUUGUUUUGACACUUAUUGAAAAAAAAUUAAAGUGUUGUAAUGACGCUUUUUUAAGGAUGAAGAAAUCCAUCGAGUUACAGUUUCGUGUUUACAAUAUUCAAAAAAAUACACUUGAAAAAACAAGUAUUAUUGAAAUAUUUGCAUUAAAACGUUGUCACACAAUUUUAUGCAAAAUGUGCUCUGAUAUCGCUGACUUUUAUUCUUUUGGCUUUCUUUUUAUAAUUCCUUAUUCAAUCGUCUGUGUUAUUUUGAAUAUUUAUGAUUUAUUAACGCCUUUCCUGAAAAUAUAUCCAACUGAUGAUGUCAUUGUGAGACGCAUCGGUAAUAUUGCUUGGAUUACUGCACGACUUUUUCCUAUUUUAACUACUGCAAUAUGUGCUACUAAAGUUAGUAAACAGAUAACGCCGUCACAAUGGCUAUCUCCCUUAAAACCAAAACAGCAUUCAGAUUCUUGGAACGCCGAAUCGAGAUUCGAUAAAUGCUUCAUUCUUUCUUGA